GACUGACUUGCAAAUUUUCCCGGGACGAUCAGGAGCAAUACCAGUUUUCAAUGGAGAUUUCUCAGUUACUACCAGGCAAGACCACACCCGCCAUGUUUUUACCUGAACUAUGAGCGUGGACGCCACGUGGUUCAAUAGAACGUGGGAGUCAAAACUUUCCCGUGGGAACGUUGACCUUCAAGGAGGGAGAGAAAACCCAAACCCUAGGUGACGAUGCAGAAAUGUUUGUCUUCCCUCUUAUUGCAUCAAUAUUUCCUCUGCAACCAAGCGCCAUUCUCGAUAACAAUAAGCACAGGACUCGAUCCUCCAUUUCUCGUGUUAUCAUCCUUAUCUCUUACGUUCAAUUUCAGCCCUCAUAGAAUUUAGCCUUUGGAAUUUCUCUCUUGUCCUGCUUUGUCCAAUUACAAAACAGAGCAACCAGAGAGAGAUUUUCCUUUUCGUUUCCUUUUUCUUUUCUUGUGUAUGAUUUUAGUUGAAAGUUUUUGUAAUUUGGUUCUGGUUCGAGUGUUCUUUUGUGUUUGUUUAUACUUUUUUUGCAUCCGUAUUUGCCUUCUUCAUUCGUUUGAUUCCCGGAACCUGUUUGUUUUUUUUUCAAUCUUUUCAUAAUCUAUCAAUUCGCAUAGCGUCUUUUUCAUCAUAAUCAUAUUUCAUAGCAUAAGUUUGGAUUUAGGAUUCUUCUAUCUUUUUUUGGUUCUUUGUGUUCCUUCUGAACUGAAUUAUCAAUGGGAAAGCCUACGGGGAAGAAGAACCAAGACUCGCCGAAAGCCGCUGACACCAUCGGUAAGCCGAGCAAAAUUUCCGAUCGAACAUCGAAGGCGUUUGACGAAGACACCGCUAUCUUCAUCAACAUGUCACAGGAGCUCAAAGAAGAAGGUAACAAACUCUUUCAAAAGCGCGAUCAUGAAGGCGCCAUGUUAAAAUACGAGAAGGCCCUUAAACUUCUGCCUAGGAACCACAUCGAUGUAGCUUACUUGCACACUAACAUGGCCGCAUGUUACAUGCAAAUGGGUCUGGGCGAGUACCCACGAGCAAUUAAUGAAUGUAACUUAGCGUUAGAGGUCUCCCCUAGGUAUAGCAAGGCUUUGUUGAAGAGGGCUAGGUGUUAUGAGUCUUUGAAUAGAUUGGAUUUGGCUUUCAGGGAUGCUCAUAUUGUGUUAAACAUGGAACCCAAUAAUUUAACAGCCUCUGAUAUUUUCGAGAGGGUGAAAAAGGCCUUGGUGGAGAAGGGGGUUGAUGUCAAUGAAAUGGAAAGUAGUUUAGUUGACGUGCAACCUAUUGGUGCUUCACGUUUGCGUAAGGUGGUGAAAGAGAAACUGCGGAAGAAGAAGAGGAGUGAUAAGGGUGAGGGGAAGAAGGUAGACAAAGGUGAGGUAAAGAGGGCUGAUAGAAGUGGUGAAGUGAAGAAGGUGGAUAAAUCCGAGGAGAAGAAAUCAGAGGAUAAGGUUGUUGUGGAGGAGAAGAAGGUGAGCCUGGUUAAGGAUAAAGAGGUUGUUGAGCAGAAGAAAAAAGUUGUGACUGUGGCUGUUAAUAAGGAAGAGAAGGUGAUUACUAGGACAGUUAAGUUGGUGUUUUUAGAGGAUAUUAGAUGGGCACAGUUGCCACUGAAUUGUAGUAUUAGAUUGGUGCGAGAUAUAGUUCAGGAUAGGCUCCCUAGCUUGAAGGGUGCUCUUGUGAAAUACAAGGACCCAGAGGGUGAUCUGAUUACCAUAACUACCACGGAUGAGCUUAGAUUGGCUGAAGCCUCAGGUGAUUCCCAGGGUUCACUUAGAUUGUAUAUUUUCGAAGUUAGCCCUGAUCAAGAACCGGAUUACGGAGGGGUGAAUGAUGAGGAACUGCAUAUGGUUGACAAGAGACCAAGUAAAGAGGUUGAGAAUGGGAACUCAAGGGAAACUGCAGAAUCUGAAACUGAUUUGAUUUGCAUAGAGGACUGGAUUAUACAGUUUGCACGAUUGUUCAAGAACCAUGUUGGAUUUGAUUCCGAUUCUUAUUUGGAUCUUCAUGAUGCCGGAAUGAAGUUAUAUUCAGAAGCAAUGGAGGAUACUGUUACAAGUGAAGAUAGCCAGGAACUUUUUGAAAUUGCUGCCGAUAAGUUCCAGGAGAUGGCAGCUCUUGCAAUGUUCAACUGGGGAAAUGUUCAUAUGUCAAGAGCAAGGAAGAGGGUGUUCUAUCCAGAAGAUAGUUCAAAGGAAUCCAUUCUUGUGCAGCUUAAGACUGCAUAUGAAUGGGCACAGAAAGAGUAUGUAAAGGCAGGAAUGAGGUAUGAAGAAGCUCUAAAGAUCAAGCCUGACUUCUAUGAAGCCCUUCUCGCGCUGGGACAACAGCAGUUUGAGCAGGCAAAGCUUUCCUGGUACUAUGCAAUCGGAAACAAGAUUGAUUUAGAAAGUGGCCCUUCCCAAGAGGUCCUACAGCUGUAUAACAAGGCUGAGGACAGCAUGGAGAGGGGGAUGCAGAUGUGGGAAGAGAUGGAGGAGCAACGACUAAAUGGACUCUCAAAGUUUGAUAGAUAUAAAGACCAGUUGCAGAAAAUAGGUUUAGAUGGACUGUUCAAUGAUGCAUCUUCUGAAGAAGCUGCAGACCGGGCUGCAAAUAUGAGUUCACAAAUAUACCUCUUAUGGGGUACCUUGCUAUAUGAGCGGUCUCUUGUGGAAUACAAGCUUGGACUACCAACUUGGGAAGAAUGUUUAGAGGUUUCAGUUGAGAAGUUUGAACUUGCUGGAGCUUCUCCAACAGAUAUUGCUGUUAUGAUAAAGAAUCAUUGCUCCAAUGAAACGGCACUAGAAGGUUUAGGGUUCAAAAUUGAUGAGAUAGUACAGGCAUGGAAUGAAAUGUAUGAUGCUAAGAGAUGGCAGAUCGGCGUUCCGUCUUUUCGGCUGGAACCUCUGUUCCGUCGACGGGUUCCAAAACUUCAUUCUAUAUUAGAGCAAGUACAUCUCUCACACCAUGACUGAGCAUGUUUGGGGAUUUUCUUGAUUAUAUACUGUAUAGAGGCAUUGAGCAAAUCAUCAGUUCUCUUUUGAAAGUCUUGCGAGGUGGCUAAGGAAUAUAGGUUCUCUUCUUCACCCCAAUGUCGUGCCAUGUUCUGUCGUUCUGUCUCCUUUGCUUAGGUAGCAAAGAAUGGAAGUUUGUCUAGUUUUGGUUUCUGGUUUGAAAUUCUGUGAUUAGGCUAAGGAGCCAAUUACAUUGAUUCUUUCUUUUUUUUUUUUUUUUUUUUUCUUGGAUUUCAUUUUUGGGUGGGAUAUUUUUUAUUUUGAGUUUUCGAUAGUUGGAAAUUAGUAUAUUUAUUUGAUUGGUUAAAUGUAAGAAAUAAGUGGGGUGCAAUGAAACAACACCAUCUUGAUUGAUUUAUUUUUCAUAGGUUGUGGAUCUGCUGCUCUUUAGUUUAGGCAGCUUGGGGUGGAUACUCUUUCACUGUUUUUGCCUCUUAAGACUCUUAUAAAUCUUUCUUGGCUGUAACUUA